AUGGCCACUGCACAGCUCAUUGACGGGCUGUCCGGUUUUGCAUCCGGAAAAGGCCAGAUCCAGAAAACAGUGACCACUGGUCAAAAGGCCCUCUGGGGUAGGCGACACAAUGUGUCGGGGUUUUCUAGCCUUCCUAGUAUGAUGCUGAUGGUCGGAGCGCCUCUUCUCGUACUACUGAUUUCGCUGGCUCUCACCCACUAUGAUGGCUCAAUUACAAAGGUGCUCGGCGACUUGUAUUCUCAGGGCGCCCUUCCAUUUCUCACGCGAUAUUGCCCAUCUUUGACCACACAGGGUAUCAUAGCGUAUAUCUCCUGGUUAGGUUUUCAAGCAUUCCUAUACCAAGCCCUCCCGGGGAGAAUUGUGUCCGCCCCCCCCACUCCCGGGGGAUAUUCUUUGCCAUAUAAAGUCAAUGGACUCUGGUCCUGGUUUGCAACCCUAGCGGUAUUUAUUGGCCUCGUCAGAGCAGGAAGACUGGACCCCACGUUUGUCGCAGUGCAUCAGGGGGAACUUAUUAUUAUUGCAAAUAUCUACGGGUUUUUGAUCACGGCUGCGUCGGUGGCAAAGUCCCAUUUAUGCAAGCAGAACACGAGAGAUAUUCGAUUUAGCGGAUCCAUCAUCCACGAUUUCCUAUCCGGAGUGGAGCUAAACCCCCGCCUGGGCAAGUACUGGGAUUUGAAACUCUUCCAAAUUGGACGUGUUGGUAUGAACAGCUGGGUGCUCGUGGAUUUAUCCUUUGCUGCUUUGCAAUACCAGAAGUUUGGCUACCUUACCAACACCAUGGUAGUUGUUAAUUUGCUACAUGCCUUGUAUGUGGUAGACUUUUUCGUCAAUGAGGACUGGUAUCUAAGUACGAUAGACAUUGCCCUGGAUCACUUCGGUUUCAACCUGGCAUGGGGCUCUGCUGUCUGGCUCCCUGUAAUUUACACCACUCAAGCACACUAUCUUGCUUAUCACCCAGUACAACUGUCCGGGCUACAAUGUACCCUACUUUUAGUAGCUGGAAUCACAGGUUAUGUGAUAUUCCGUGAUGCAAAUCAUCAAAAGUAUCGCACGCGCCAGUCAAAUGGAACCAGCUUGAUUUGGGGCCAAAAGCCUUCAAUCAUUCGAGCAACUUACCAAACCACUGAUGGCUCGUCACAUUCGUCUAUGCUUCUCUACUCCGGUUGGUGGGGAUUGGUCCGUCAUCCCAAUUAUAUCGGAGAUUUGAUUUUCUCCUUUUGCACUUGUGCUGGCUGUGGAAUUUCACAUAUUGUCCCUUGGACAUAUUUCUGCUUUAUGGCCAGUCUCCUUAUUCAUCGGUCCUUGCGAGAUGAUGCCCGUUGCUCAUCGAAGUAUGGCGACCAAUGGACUAUGUACUGCAAGACUGUGCCAUGGAGGCUCAUUCCGGGGCUCUUCUGA